AUGGUCAGCGUUCGAAGGUCAAACGUGCAGCACUAACUUUCAUCGCGGACACCACGAACCGCUUAGGCUCAAGGUCUAGCGGGUCGGUUGAUCGGAUGAAACAACGCGGUCGGCGCCCACUAGUACUAGUUAUCGUCCAAUUGCAAUCGCGCCUGGGCCUGAGGGUUGACCUGACCGAAAACAACUGUGGAUGCUGUUCAUGGACCAAUAUCAGAGGCCGGUUGUUCCUGGCAAGCUACUACCGUGGACUCCACGGAAUAUCUCGUGAGCUCGAACUUCUAUCGCUUAUGAUGCCUCAAGAAAUCUCUCACUUGCAGACACCUAUGCAUGACGACCAGCGUCCGAACCAAAAUAACUCUGCCCUAGAACAAACUAUCACACAUUAAUCGAUGUCACGUAGCGCGCGAGCGCUACCCUCUUUAUACUAGCCUGAACCCGGGGGAGCACGAGAUCUCACGGGCUGCCAGCAGCCCGCCGAUGCACG